AUGAAUAUUGGUAAUACUGAUAAUUUAUCAAAGACGUUUUCUUUUAAACGUAAAAGAAAAUUGGAUUCCAAUUCUACCUCAACAACUGCUGAUUUUACAAACGAUGAAACACCCUCUAGAAAAAAAAGAAGCAACAACACAAUACUUUCAAAAAAACACCCGCUUGGUAUAAUACCAUGGGGUAAUUAUUAUUAUUUAUCAACGCAAAAAGACUUUAAAGGAGAUUGUCGAGCAUCUAGUCUUGGUGAUCUUGCUUACUUAAUUGAUGAGCUGAUUUUAGAAAUAAUUGGAUACCUUGAUCCAAAAGAUUUACUAAACCUUUCCUCUACUAGCAAGGUUUUAUAUUGUUUUGCGACUUUUGAUGAGUUAUGGAAACAAUUCACUAUACAAAGAUUUGGCGGUGAUUGGAUUUGGGAAGGGACAUGGAAACACACAUUUUUGAAAACAUCAUCAUUAUUUAAAGAAAAUAUUGGCAAAAACAAAAUUACUUCCAAGCCAACAACAACAACUGUUCACCUAAAUAAUUUCUUUAGUGAUGUGUUAUUUCAACCAUUUCUUUGCAGUUCAAUUGAACUGGAUCAACAAUACCUUGGAAAUGAAUCCAUAGAUCAUAGAUCAAAUCUUACUAUGGAUGAAUUUAUUAACAAGUAUGCCAUUCCAAACAAACCAGUAAUUAUCACAGACAUAGUUACUAAUUGGCCAGCUUUUAAAAAAUUGUCAUUGGAGUAUUUGGUUGAAAAUUUUGGUGAUGUUAAGUUUCAUGCAGAAGCAAUUGAUAUUAAAUUAAAGAAUUAUAUUCAGUAUGCAAAAAAUACUAUGGAUGAGAGCCCACUGUAUUUGUUUGAUAAGAAUUUUGGUGAUACUUACCUGAUUACAGCACAUUCAGGAUCAACUUUUCAUAAAGAUCCUAAUUCCACAUCUGCAUGGAAUGCAGUUAUAAAAGGCUCUAAAAAAUGGAUAAUGUAUCCUCCAGAUUCUUUACCACCAGGUGUUUUCACCAGUGCAG